CAGAUGAUUGUCAAUGUCAUUAAUAUUUUUGAACGCAGUAUUCAACAUUCCCUUGCAAUGUAACCAAAAAUAGACACAAAAUGAGUGCAAUAUUAAAAUUCAUCCGUGAAAAUCACAUCUUAGCAGUGAUAGAACAGGCUAUAGCCGAAAAAAAAUCUCGCGUUAUCUUGAACUCCUUCGAAAUAACUGAUAUUCCUCCUCUUCUAUUUACCUGCACUCAUAUCGAAUACCUUUAUUUACAUAGUAAUGAAUUAACAGAGGUACCUGUACAAAUAACACAGCUAUCAAACUUGACUACUUUAACUCUUGAUUAUAACAAUAUAAGUGAAUUGCCGCCCGAAAUCGGUAAUUUAAAAAAUCUGAUCAAUUUGAAUGUCAGCUACAAUCCCUUGAAAGUGUUGGCACCGGAAAUCGGUGAAUUGGAAAGUCUAGAGGCUUUCUGGUGCAACAGGACGGGGUUGGUAGAAAUUCCGAAAGAGAUCGGUAAAUUAACCAAAUUAGAUACAUUUGGUGCCCGCGGCAAUGUGAUCAAAAGUGUUCCAGAAGAGAUGACCAGCCUGAACCAGUUGAGAUGGCUGACUCUAGAGUACAAUCAGAUAGAAAGUCUACCUCCAAACAUGGACACUAUGGAGAGUUUGGUCCACUGCAACUUCAAGCACAACAAAAUAAAGGAUUUUCCAACGUCCUUGUUGAAGUGCAGAAGUCUUAUGUAUCUUCAACUUAGUUAUAACCAGAUCAACGAACUACCUCCAGACUUAAACACAAGUAUUCUGCCCGUCCUGGAGACGCUUGACCUCAGAUACAAUCCCAUAUCAAAUGUUACCAAUAAUGAUAAUACCCAAGUACGAUAUUCCGAAGACCAACUCUCGACCAACAAUGUAGACCUCAACUCACCCUCAUCCAGUUCUAGACACGCGGCUCAAGCGGGCAACGCUACGGCACUCAGGUUGCCAGCUGUCGCGCCUAGACAUCCCGAUCCCAUAGAUGAAAUGGAUCUCGACGCUUCAUCAAUAGAGUCGUCUGAGGAUUGGGAGAACAGCGUUGAUAGCUCAGAUCUGGACGUUCAAUACCAGAAUGACGAUGAUCGAGCUGUUAACGAGGCCAUAGGCAUGGUGUUACCAGAGUUGUCGCGGUACGCGUCAACUGCAAGCUAAAUUAUUGCGACUAUCAACAAUGUUUAAAAACCAGUAAUAUACUGCGAACAACAAAAUAUAUCUCAAAAUUAAAAUUUAAAUGUUAUUUACUGUUUAAUAUAAUGAAAUAAAAAUGACAUCAUUAUUCUAUAGAUAAGUCUUCCAAUUUUUUUUUGUAUAAAAAAAUAUUAAAAUUCGCCUAAAGCCAAAAUCCUCGAAUCAAGUUCAUAUUCAUGAAAAUAUAUUUAAUUAUAUAAAAGAAAUAAUAAUUUAGUUUAUAUUUUAUUGUGAUAUAUAAUUUUUAUCAAACCAAAGAAAGUAUACGAAAAUCGAUGUUGUAUUGUAUUCCUUUCUUGUAUUAUUAAAAUAGCUUUUGAGAUCUUCGAAACAUUUUGAAUUAAAUAUUAUAAGUAUAAAAAUAAA